AUAUUUAAUGAAAUGGAAAAUCACAUUAAACUACUUUCAAAUUUUUGUAGAGUUUAUGAAAAGAAAAAAAAUCUUAGAUUAAAGUCAAUAGGAUCUUUCAAAGAUGUUUUAAUGUAUGCAUAUAACAUUAAUAUUGAUUUAGACAAUGCUCAAAUCCAUCCAUCUAAACUUUGUAUAAAGUGUUAUAUGAAGUUGUAUCAUAUUCGCAAACAAAAAUUUAAGAAGGAUUUCACACCUAUGUUGUCAUACCAAUUUCAACAACAUAAUGACGAGCAAUGUGAUUUGUGUAAAUCUAAACUGUUCGGAAAACACAAAUUGGCUAAUCCUAUAAAAUUUUAUGAUCUGAAAAAAGUUGCUGAGUAUUAUAACGUUUUUAAAGUGUUUUAAUAAAUUUGUAUCUAUUGAUAUGCAAGAUUAUGUUUUGGCGUGCAAAACAAUUACGCUGGUUGAAAAUGAAAUAUGGACAUUACAUAUUUUCGACAAAUUGAUUUCUAAAGAAAAUGAAGUACUUAGUCAUUUGCCAAAAUUUCUUAAUAAAAAUAGUGCUGCUGAAAUUUUUUCUUUCAUUAGUAAUGCAAAAGUUUGCUCUGGUAAUGAUAUGCCUAAAGUAAUUAAAAAUAAAAUAAUUAACCUAACUUCAAAAGAAAUCCAUCCAAUUUUGAAAAAAGAUCUUGGGAUUAUUGAAACUAAGUUUAUGAACAGUUUGAAUGAUUUUUCCAUCAUUAGAUCAACCAAGUGUUCUUUUUUGAUAAAUUCUAAUGACAGUAAAGUGAAAUGUGAAAACUGUACAAAAGACAUGAAUUCUCUUGUUAAAUACAAAUCACUUUCUACAAAAUGUAUAAAUAAAAAUAAGAAAAAAUAUAAUAACAAAAAAUGUAAUAAAAAAAAGCAAUUAUUGAUUAAAAUAAAGGAACUGCAGCGAAAUAAAAAAGUUGUAGCUUCUAGAACUUCUAGUUUGAAAAAGAAAGUUAGAGAUUAUUUCAAAAAGGAAGGUGUUUCUGUAGAUCUUCAAACAAAUGAAUUGUUACAGGAGAAAAUCAGAAGUCAAUCAGCUACACCUUUUAAAAAAGAUUCAUCACAGUAUUUUUUCUGGAAGCAACAGGUUAUUCAAUCUUCCUUCAAAAAUAGUAGAGCAAUGAUUUGGCAUCCAUUAAUAAUUAAAUGGUGCCUUAGCAUAUAUCUUAAAAGUCCAGGCACUUAUAAACAUAUUCGUUGUUCACCAUUUUUAUUUUUGCCAUGUAAAAAUACUCUUUUGAAAUAUAUCUACUUCACAGAUCCUAGUUGUGGAUUCAAUGUUGAUAUAAUCCAGCGUCUCUUUGAAACAUUAAAACCUUAUGAUAUGAAAGAGUCUGAGAAAAAUGUAACUUUGAUAUUCGAUGAAAUGAAAAUAAAAAGUGGUUUAGUGUUUUGUAAAACAACUGGGAAAAUGGUAGGGUUUACAGUGAUGGGACCUAUUAAUGAUACAUUAAAUGAAUUUCAUAGAAGAUUUGAGAGCAGAGUAAGAGAAAAUGAUUCUGAAUUAAAUCUUGCACAGUAUGUUGUUGUGUUCAUAGUAAGAGGAAUUUUUUCUUCUUUAUGUUAUUAUUUUGGACAAUUUGCUUCAGAAGUUUUUAAUAGUGACCAGAUAUACUCUUGUACAUGGAAUGCCAUAAUGAUCUUAGAGUCUAUUGGUCUUAAGGUCAGGGCAAUAGUUUCUGAUGGAGCAACACGUAUUAGAAAAUUUUAUAAUCUUCAUAAAAUGGAUGACUCCAGCAACAUGACAGAAGGAGUAGUUUAAUGGACUUGGAAUCAUUGUGUUUCAUGAAGAAAAUUUUUUUUUAUCUGUGAUGUACCUCAUUUAUUAAAGACUGCAAGAAAAAAUUUGGAAAAUUCCGACUGGAACAAAAAGUCAAGGAACUUAAUGGUACUUUAGUUUUUAAUUAUCAAUUCAAUUUAUUUUGGAUUUUCUCUUUAUUUAAUUGAAAUAACUUUAAUUUAAAACUUAUUACCUCAGUAUCAAGGACAAUAAUUAGUUUGGCACCAAAUUAUGAGUUUAUAUGAAUGGGAUGUUGGUUUUUUAAGGGAUGCCCCAGGACUGCGUAUGGGACACAAACUUUGAGAUAAACUUAUAAACUUAACUCCUCAAUCGAGAAUGCGUGUAAACCUAGCAGUGCAGGUACUAAGCUCAACUGUUGCACACAUGCUUGAAGAGCAAAAUGAUGAAAAAACUGUUUCACUUCGAGAAUUUAUUUUGUUCAUGGAUAAAUUUUUUGAUUGCAUGAAUGUUUCAAAGUUCAUCAAUAAAACAAGAAAGGAUGCACUAAAUCCUUAUAUUUCUGUUGAGGAUCCCAGGUUUGAGUGGCUAUCAAAAGAUUUUCUUGGAUUUUUAAACGAAUGGGAAAAAUAAUCAAAUAGCAUUUUAAAUUUAUCUAAAGAAGAACGGUCAAGGUUUUGUCUAAGCAGGCAAACUCUAAAAGGACUUAGAAUAUCUGUGCAUUCAUUUGUGGAAUUAGGAAAGAUCCUUUUGUUAGAAGAUAACGUUAAAUUCUUACUUUCUGAAAAAUUUACUCAAGAUCCGGUAGAGGAAUACUUUUCCAAACAGCGGAGGCGUGGUGGCUCUAACGAAAACCCAACUCUUGAGGAAUUCAACAGAAACGUGCUUGGUCUGAAUGUUGCUGGAGAUGCACUUGUACAUGCAACGAGUGGAAAGUAAAGAGGUAGAGAUAGGGAAAUAUUGAAAAUUGAUGUCCUUGAUGAGACUCUACCUCGAA